CUUCAUGUCAAUUAUUGCUUCUGCUGGCGAUCGGCCGCUUGUUGUUCAAUGACUAAUUUACUACUAUCCUUCGCUCUUGUGCCAAUUGUAUACAGCCAUAAUCGGGUUCCAUGACAACGAUGCUGGGCCAAUUUGCGUACCAAUGCAGAGCAAGGGCGAGAUAUAUACUUGUAUACAUCUGCAUACCAGCAUAGACCUCGUCCUAUAUAGUAGCGUCUCGAUAUACUCUUUGGAAUCAUAUCAAUUGGCGUAGGUGCAGUAUAAAGCAAGACAGAUCUAGAUCAGUGACUCCACCAUGACGAUAUCCCAUCACGUGCCCGGCACAACCCAGAAUAAACUGUUGACCAUCUCAAUGACAAGGAACAUUGUUCUACGCAGCUGGCACCAUGUAGUGUUAACAACAUGUCCUCCCGUCUAACCUCUCCUGAGCCCUCUCCCCUCCCCCUCCCCUUCGGUAUCAAAUCACGGCAAAUCAAUCUCUCGCACCGCGGCCAUCUUUCCUACCACAUCCUCGAGGCUGGCUCCCCGUCUUUGCCACUCCUCGUUCUCCUCCACGGCUUCCCAGAGAUAUCUUACUCAUGGCGCAAAACUAUCCUUCCAUUGGCCAACGCCGGAUAUCAUGUCAUAGCCCCCGACCAGCGCGGUUUUGGGCGGACGACUGGCUGGGAUACCAGGUCGUAUAAGGACGUUGAUCUGCACACCUUCUCGGCGACAGUGCUGGUGCAGGAUAUCCUUGUGCUUGUUGCCGCGUUAGGGUAUACGCAAGUGAACUGCGUGGUUGGGCAUGACGCUGGUGCCGUUGUCGCUGCAAACUGCGCGUUGAUGAGGCCAGAUAUAUUCCAGGCUGUUGUGCUGAUGACGCAUCCGUUCGCUGGGAUACCGGAGCUGCCAUUCGGGGCUGCGAAUGGGGCAGAAGAGACGAGACGAGUUGAGGAGAUGCCUGCUGCCACCGCUGCGAUGGUGCAUGAUCAGCUGGCGUCUCUAGGUCGGAAGCAUUAUGAAUGGUACUACUCAACUGCAAGGGCAAAUGCGGAUAUGGUCGGGCCAGUCACUCCUGGUGGACUACGGGGGUUCUUCCGUGGCUAUUUCCAUGUUAAGUCCGGGUCAUGGAAUAGCAAUUAUAACACUCUACAUCCACCGAGGAGAUGGUCAGCAGAGGAGCUGGCCGAAAUGCCGGAAUAUUAUAUCAUGCCGCUUCAGAAAACCAUGCCAGAGACGAUCCACGAGAUGAUGCUUCGGGAGUUAGCAGAAGCAAAAGAAUCAUCAAAACAAUGGCUCUCAAAUGAUGAAUUGGAGGUGUAUGUUUCUGAAUACGCUCGGACGAGUUUCCAAGGCGGGUUGAACUGGUACCGAGUGUGGACGGGAGACUGUGGCAGCAGAACCAGUCUCAUGCAGGAUUUAUAUGUUUUCUCGGGACUGAAAAUCAAAGUACCAUGUUGCUUUAUUGGAGGACAGAAGGAUUGGGGAAUGUAUCAAGUGCCUGGCGCGUUGGAGAGGAUGUGUGGCAGUAAGGAGGUGUGUGAGGAUUUUCGGUUUUGCAAAAUAAUUGACGGUGCUGGGCAUUGGAUUGCGCAGGAGAAACCGAAUAAGGCUGUGGAGGGAAUAUUGGAGUUUCUGAGAGGUGUGAAUUGA